AAUCGGGCUGCCCAGCCCGGCAGCCGCCCUGGGGAGCAGCUUCGCUCGGCCCCGCUUCCCACCCAGCCGCCCGUGCCCCGGGACGGGCAGCGCGCUCACCCCGGCGCGGUUUCUUCCAGAUGCAGAGGUGCACCGGUUUCCUGUUCCUGUCUUUAAUCCUUUGUGCCACCCUCUCGGAAACGCUCGGGCUGGUUUUCUCAGCAAAAGACAAAAGGGGUUGGACUUUGAAUAGUGCUGGUUAUCUACUUGGACCACGUCAUAUUGAUCAGCUUUUACUGAUAAAGGAAAUGCCCAUUGCAAGGGUGGGGGGAGAAGAGGCACCAGGGGCAUAUGCAGUAGAUAACCACAGAUCUUUUAAUGACAAGCAUGGUUUCACUGGUAAACGUGAAAUACCACCUGAUGAAGAUAUCAAAGCAGGGAACCUUGGGAGACCCGUGGCAGAUGAAAACAUUGUGCGCACAGUAAUCGAAUUUCUGACUUACUUGCAUCUGAAAGAGAUGGGAGCACUUGAGAAGCUACCUACACCAGAAGAAAUGAGCCAGUCUUGAAGAAUACAUUUUUAUUUUGUUGCAGUGUAGAUUUAGACUGAAUUCUAAACAAAAGACCAAAA